AAGUUGUAGACCAGCAACUCCAAUAGGUUACAGAAAAGUGUAAAAGUUAAGUGAUCCAGUAUAACCAGUAUGAGCCAGUCCUGAACGAUGAGCACAAACUACUUUAUGAAAUCGUUGCUCGUCGCCAGAGGAUGCAUAAAUGUAUAGAUUGCUGUAUGGAGUCCUGCAUUGUGUAAACUAAGUAGUCAACCUGACUGGCACAACGAACAUUGUUCUCCAGCUGGAAAUAAGUGGACAUCGUUAAAGGGGCUCCGCGGCACUUGGAUCUGUUCUUCUCUGUGUCAGGUUCAGACUGUGUGGUCUAUGGCUCUGAUGGACAAACACAAACAGGUCAAGCGGCAGAGACUUGACCGCAUCUGUGAGGGUAUCCGCCCCCCCAUCCUGAACGGGCCAAUGCACCCACGGCCCCUGGUGGCCCUGCUGGACGGGCGCGACUGCACUGUGGAAAUGCCCAUCCUUAAAGAUGUGGCCACAGUGGCCUUCUGUGAUGCCCAGUCCACACAAGAGAUUCAUGAGAAGGUGCUAAAUGAGGCAGUGGCUGCUCUACUUUACCACACCAUCACUCUGUCCAGAGAUGACUUGGAAAAGUUUAAAGGCCUCCGUGUAAUUGUCAGAAUUGGCUCUGGCUUCGACAACGUUGACAUCAAAGCAGCUGCUGAACUAGGCAUUGCGGUCUGUAACGUGCCGGCGGCCUCGGUGGAGGAGACGGCCGACACUUCGCUAUGUCUGAUUCUCAACCUGUACAGGCGAGUCACCUGGAUGCACCAGGCCCUCAGGGAGGGAACCCGUGCCUCUAGUGUGGAGCAGAUCAGAGAGGUAGCUGGCGGUGCUGCUCGCAUCCGGGGUGAGACGCUGGGCAUUAUUGGCCUAGGGCGUGUUGGCCAGGCAGUGGCUCUGCGGGCUAAGGCCUUUGGUUUUGGCGUGAUCUUCUAUGACCCUUACCUGCCUGACGGCGUGGAGCGCUCACUGGGCCUGCAGCGCAUGGCCACCCUGCAGGAUCUGCUCAUCCAUUCUGACUGUGUAUCCCUGCACUGCAGCCUCAACGAGCACAACCACCACCUCAUUAAUGACUUCACCAUCAAACAGAUGCGUCAGGGAGCCUUCCUGGUGAACACAUCGAGAGGUGGCCUGGUUGACGAGAAAGCAUUGGCUCAGGCCCUGAAAGAGGGCCGGAUACGAGGGGCCGCCCUGGACGUCCACGAGACAGAACCUUUCAGUUUCUCAACAGGCCCUCUGAAGGAUGCCCCCAACCUGAUCUGUACCCCACACACAUCGUGGUAUAGUGAGCAGGCCUCCGUGGAGGCUCGUGAGGAGGCAGCCCGGGAGGUUCGCCGCGCCAUCACCGGACGUAUCCCUGACAGUCUGAAGAACUGUGUUAAUAAGGAGUAUCUGAUGGCAGCCUCUCAGUGGCCGAGCAUGGAGGCAGCCACUGUUCACCCAGAACUUAAUGGAGCCACUUACAGAUUUCCUCCAGGUCUGAUCAAUGUUGCAGCAGCAGGGGGUCUCCCCGGAGCUGGUGGAGGGGUUGAAAGCCUGGUUUCAGGAACCCUGGCGCACGGCAUUGCCCCUGUCUCCCACCCCCCUCACGCCCCCUCCCCUAAGGCCGAAGCCGACAGAGACAUCCCCUCCGACCAAUAGCCCCCCCACCGCCGCCAGCACAUUCCGUCACCUCUGGAAACCAACCCCCCACCCCCACCUCCCGGCAUCAGACACAGCCCGACCCUCCAGUACAUCGGCAGCGCCAGUUUGACCUGAUGUGGAUCUGCACAGUCUUGUUCCUCAGAUCACAUAACCAGCCCAGGAGUGACUUAUCCACUGCUAGCCCCAUCCCAUCCACACCCCAAGAACACACACAUCCCUCCAUCUUCGUCCUCACCUCACCCACUCACCCGCCAUCCCCUCCCACCUUCACUCCCCCACAACGUCAGCAAUAACUGUUCUCAAGGAUUCAAUGAUUGGAUUGGUUUAUAUCCUUAGUUGGCUGUUGUUUUAUGGAAUGUUGAUCUGUUGUGGUUCUAGGUGUUAAUGUUUGUUUGUUAAAAAAAAAAAAAAAAGCAAAAAAAAAAAAGCAUUUCUGACAUGAGGCUUUACAGUCUGCUGUCUCCGACUCUGACCCAUACAGGCACAGAGGCAGAAAGGUCGAAGCCCCCUUUUGUACAUUAAUGGCUCAUGUUACUGCUCUCUUCUUCUUCUUUUCUUUUUUUUCCUCCCCCCUCCAUCUUUUCUUGCGACGGGGGAAAAUGUGUACAAAAGUAAACCAGACAGAAUCACAAACCGUACAUCCUGUCCUCCCCACCAGGCAUCUAGCUACCCCUCAGCCCAGUUUGGCCCUUGGCCCUCCCAAGCACUGUCGUCAGCUUGCUCAGCAGAGGGAUCCAUAAUGCUGUCAGUGUGGAGCGCUCUCAGACUGUCAAAGUUUAUUUUAUCUGCUCGGCAUCAUACUUCAAAUCGAAGAUCCUUUGUCACCUUUGACUGCUGUGGCUGUCUAGUUUUAGGACAGUCGUCCCUGUAUUCGCACGUGCUUUGUCCCUCAUGAAUUGUUUUGCCAUGAGAUAAUAGCUUAGAGUGUCGUAUCAGAGAGCACCUAGGCAUGAUUUUCCAUCUUACGCCAGCAGUCGGAGUGCUAUGUGUGAGGCCUUAACACACGGUGCCCACGCAGAGAGUCAAAACUCAGCCAACUUUCCCUUGCUGGAAACACAGCAUGCCUAAGGCGUCGCCAGCAGAGGGCACUGUCCGCCCGCGCCGAGCUGAGAGAGUUGCAAGUGGCUCGCUUCAAUCCGACAGAUGGACAGUACCGGGAUAGCUGUAGUGAUGAAGAACACGACCACACACUGCCGACAUUCAGAACACAGGACGGGUGAACAGGGAUCGACUACCGCCUUAUCAUUUAAUAAGAUCUCACUGCACCUCACCACCACCCCGCACCCACCCACUCUCCACUCCUCUCCCACUGUCAUGGCCCAUCCAACACAUCUGUUCAUGAACCAGUUUGCAUCCACCAAUUCCUUUAAGCGUGAGGGGACAGCAGAGAUUAGAUUCCCUGUAGGAGCAAGGGGACAGUGUUCUUGCAUGCUGGCUUUGUUAAUGACAGUAGUGUAUGCGUGUGUGCGUGGGUUUGUUUGUGUGUAUGUAUGUUCCCUCACCCUGUUAGGAUAACAAGCUAUUGUCUUUCCAAAGGAAUAAUCCCUAGGAGUAACUCUUUAACGCUGUUGCCCUGGUGUCAAGGGAACACCUUUCUAGUACCUCAGUAACAGAUAUUGAAUGUACCGUGCAUACCCUUUUAUUUUUUGUACAGAUUUUCUAGAUACUUCUUUACUAUUCUUUACCAGAAGGGUUGUGAAAUUGUAGCAGUAAUGAUACAAUAAACGAAAAAACAUUGCCCCAUGAAAUAAAUUGACAAAAUCUUUUUAGGUUCGCUAUAGGUCACUGAAUACUCAGGCUUCAAAACCAAUGCGUAUCUCUUUGCCUUUACCUUUUCUUUUGUCAUUGUGGAAAAUUCAGCACAACGCUUUCCCAUCCUUAGGCUUCAGACUGUAGUUGACGUAUUUCGACCUCCAUCUUUGUGGCUGAUGAAAAACAAGGAAAAAGACGGUCGCUGUGGUCUGCUAGUUUUCUUUUAGUAGAACAAGUAGAAGUAGAUGCUGUUUUGUUCUUAACCCCCCCCUUCAUUGUCAGGCUGCUCUAUCUAUAGUGCAUGUGAGGUAAUGUUUUAUAGGGGAAAUACUAUUGGCUUAAAGACUUUGUGUCAUCUUGCUGUUUCCCUCUGCUCCCUGGCCUCCCCUCCCCCCCUCAGAGUGUUUUCAACCCGAGUUGCCAUUUUUGUCGUGGUCAGUUUCCAGUGAUGUACAGUUUUCCCCUCAGAGUCUAUGAGAGACAUGGAGCAUGUCUGUGUCCUGAGAUGCUAGGCUCCUCUGUCAUGUGAUGAGUAUAUAUUUUUAAAAUAACCCCCAUAGUUCGGAUUAUGAGCAUAAUAGUAAUCUUAAAUUUUGCUGUUGAUGAUGAUUAUAUAUUUUUUUUUUCAGUUCAGCAGUGCACUGUUAUGAAAACCAUUCUGUUUUAUUGUAGGAUUUCAUUUUUAUGGAUAUGCUGUCUGUGUUCUACAUGUUGUACUGAAACAUUUCAGAGAAAACAAGAGAUCCCUCUCCUGUUGUCUUUUCUUUUUUUCUUUUUUUUUUUUUCCCUUCUUUGUUAAUUUGUCUUCUCCCAACUGUCCUUUCCAGCUGAUAUCCUCUGGGCCUUACUUAUUCUCUCCCUGUAAAAGUAGCUGUUAUAGAAAGUCGCCAUGGAACCACUCACUGCCUUAAUACAGUUGACCACAGCAGGUGAAGUCAGGAGACACACCCAGUUGAAAAGAACGGGCCACCAUCGAGGCCGCUCUGCGAAAAGCUCCUCACACCCCGACAGGCCUAAAUCUGCAGCACCUUGCAUUUCUUUUACAGUGGUGAACCACAUUUAGCCUCGUGUAGUUUGUUAUCGGCUCAAACACAUAAAUCCGGUAUGAAUUUUUACUGUGCGUUCACGUGCAACAUGGUUGUUUUUUAGUCAUUUUCUAAUUUUUAAAAGUUCAAGUCAGCCCAGCAGUGCGUGCAUGUGUAGGCUAACAGAUAAGCACAGUGUGUAUGCUCACAAAGCCACAGCUGAUAUUUCACUCUUGGGUGUGAGAAUGCCGCCACCCCCAGCCCACCCCACCCCUACCACCACUGCGGGGCUCUAAUAGCAUCUUUCACAGUGCUGCCAGAGCCCCAGUGGGGCUGGGAGGGGGGAAGGCAUAGCAGACACAGGUGUGGUCUGUCAAAAAAGAAAGAAAAGCAGAAAAUUAAGAAUCGGUCACUUUUUCUCUCUCAGGGUUCAAAUGCACACAUAUCCUCCAGCAGUCGCCCUCUGUCUCGUGUCCCUCAUCCCAAGUUUUCCGCCCUCCGAAUGUAGAACAGCCUCCUGCGUUUUUAGAAGCCGCUCUCCCUUCAUUGCCCCCUUUGUGCACAGGUCUGAACUUUUUUUUUUUUUUUUCUGUUUGGCUUUGUUUUGGCACUGACAUCUAACCAUCUAACAAGGAAUGAAUGAAUGUUUGAAAGUGACUGUGUGUAAUGUUAAAAUUGGGAAAUGUAUUUUUACAACAUGUGAACAUGUUUUUUUUUUCCACUCACUCUCAUUGUGAAUUGAUUUUUCUUUCACCAGACUGCAAAAACAAAAACAAAAAACAAAAAAAAAAACUCCUGUAACUAGGCUCUUAAGCUUUAUUUUUGUUUUGUUUACUUUUUUAUUAGAAACAAUCAUGUUUGUGAUGGUAACUUCCGAUGGUAAACUCCACACCGUAUUUUAAUAAAAUCU